AUGGACGACGUCGCUGCCUUCCCUGUUUGGGUGGAGCGCACUUUGAUCUCAGUGGCCUUCACUAUGUCAGCAUCGCUCGCAAUCCUCUCUGGCUGUAGCAACUGGUUGCACAAGAGGGUGAGGGUUGAAUACUACGUCGUCAGUAUCCUCGCUCUGGGUUGUAUAGCCAGCGGUGUUAUCGGUUGGGUGUUGUUCCUUUCGGAAGACUUGUCUUUGGAUGCUUUCGGAGUCAUUCUCAUCGGCCUCAUUCCCGGAUUUGAAGCUCUGGGCAAGCUUCGCGUGAAGGCCCUGAAAGCGGAAACCCUUAUGCGCAAAAGGCCGGCUCUUCACAACACGCUCAAAGACUUCAGCUUCCUGCGCCACGGGAACCCCCCGACACCCGAGGUGCAGGAGAAGUUGAAUAUCGAUCCCCUGACAAGGACCUAUUUGAGAAUUCCGGCGUGUUCAAAACCCAAAGCAUUGAAGCCGAAGACCGAGAUGUGGUUCGGGGAGAUAGUACAGCACGACGACAAGAUGAUCACGUUGAAAGGUAAGGACGACCUUGGCGACGCUAUCUCAUGGUGGAAGGCUGCCAACCGCGGGGUGGACCUCGUCCGGUGUCCCUCAAGAGCCAGGUUUACCGAAACGAUACAAGUUACGCGUGCGCUUGAACUUGUGGCUGAAAUAGCGAUGAUCGGGGACUCUGUACUUCUUAACCAUGAGAAGGCGCUGAAAAAGCAUGUGGAGACGUCGGGCAACAUCAGGGACGCACUGCAUGCCACGCCGGCAUCAAUUUGCACGACGUUUCUCAGGGCAAUCGGGCUUCUCGAAGAGUGGGGACCAGUUGACGACGCCGCGCGGGAUAGGUAUAUCCAGACAGAAUUCAAGGAUUUUGGUCGAGGAAAGAAGUACGGAAUGUUAUUCUUCAUUCUUCUCGUCGAGUCACAUAUUUUCCAGGCGUCACUGGAUAAACGAGGGAGAUGCUUUGGAUUUUGCAAGCCUGAAAUCGAACACACCAGGGCCUCAGACGUGAUCGAAGCAUUCAAGGCGUCCUCUCAAGAGAGUAACGAGAGGAAAGGUAUCACGACGAAGUGGCUCAGACAGUACUUCACCGACGAUGAACGCUUUUCCAAAUUUGCCGAAACUGAAGACGGAGAAGAUAAUGGCAUAGCGACGAACAACAGCAACUCAAGUGGGCCUGCAGGAGGUGUGGCCGUUGCAGCGGUCCAGAGUGACGGGGGCGCUGGCAACGUGGUGAUCUCCUUCCGUUUGAAUGGCAGCGUCCUGCGGCAAGCAAGUGACUUCACCGUCCGUAUUGAUGAUGUGAAAUGCGCGAAAUGA